GAGGACAACCACGGCUUUUCACACUUUGCCAUUUUCUAAUCAAGUAUAAUUUUUUUUUUUUAAAAAAAGCGCUUUCUGAGUGAUAAUGACAUACACAGCAACAAGAAGCCGAUAGCGUUCGCCGACGAAUCGCCGUCAGCUAACAAAACUUUUUAGGCGUGUUGACAGAUAGAUUUUGCCCUGAUCGGCUAAUUUGUAUAGCCUGUUUUAUUUUCUGGUAUUUGAUUGGCUCUGACAAGCUGUCCUAUUUUUCUUAAACUGGACAGUUUGCCUAUUUCUAAAAGAGAGUCCUAUCUCAAACUGUCCAAAAUUAAUCGUUAAUUAAACAGCGUUUAAAACAUCAAAAGAUUAUAGCUUUGCUGACAAUAUCAGAUUAACUACCAGCUGUAUAAUUGAUUUUUUUAACAUCAUAAUACCUGCACUAAGAAGUUAAAUCAAGAACACUGAUUUCAUAUAUACCAUUCAGGGAGCAUUUUGGAGAAAUGUAUUAUCGCGCGCUGAUAAAAAACUAUGAAUUUUUUGGUAUUUAUAAGUCACGUCUUGAAUGCUACAAUCAUCCAGCCUUUCCUUUCUGUUUUCCAGUUUUGCGCGCCUGUGGUAACCUAGGAAAACCAGAUAAUGCAAUUGUUGUCAGCCAGAGCAAGAAUUACUGGACAGGACAGUAUGUCAGAUACCUCUGUAAUCCGGGUUAUGCCAUGGUUGGUCCUGCUGUCAGAAGAUGCUUGGUCAGCGGCAAGUGGAGUGGAAAUGUACCAACAUGUAAGAGUUAGGUCGUUAAGAAAGUGUGGUGGCGUAUACUACCUAAAGGUCUUAAUAGGCUAUUUCAGAGAUCCAGAAACUCUCACUUUCAAAACGAGGCUAAAAGCAAAAUGUUUCAUUUAAAAACGAGUUUUGCACAUCAUUUUCGUAUCCAUGGCUCCGCACUUAGUCUCGCUUUGAAGCAGACGCUUGUGGCAACUCGUAUUAUGGCUUAUUAUGCCGGAAAUAUAUUUUUUCCUUUCCCUACCACUGAGGACUGAUAAAAGUUUUUAAAAGUGACUUAGUAUUUUAAAAAAAUCAAUUCGCUUCACCGACACUUUAUUUUGUUGUCGUUUGUUUGUUUGUUUUUCUUCCAGGUACAGAAAAACCUGAAUGCGAGCCUUACUGGACCAUAGAUGACAACACCAGACGGAAAGGUUUCACGGCGUCACGAAGUAUUAAGAAUGAUUACUAUUUGGCUGAAGGAUGGUACAGGUUUAUAUCAGGCAAACAAAUGUCCACAAGUUGUACUUAUGGAUCCGGCUAUUGCGAUACUUCAUAUGCAGGAUGGUUGCAGGGAAGCCAUCCGUCAGUUAAGGAUGGCGUGGUCUCUCGGAAAGUAUGUUUUGGCUAUUCUGGUGGUUAUGGUCGUAACUGUUGUCGUUAUAGUACAUAUAUAAAGGUGCGCAACUGUGGUUCUUUCUACAUCUACAAACUGAAACCCACACCAAAUUCUAGCUGUCGUUAUUGUACUGAAUAUUAA